AUGGCGACACAUAUAUACCCGCAGUGGUUCCACAGGGUGCAGAAACUAUUCUUCAUCGUCGCAGUCGCGCUUCUAAUCACCCUCCCUGUCCUCUACGGCCACCACAAGAUCGGCCUCACUUCCACCGAAGUCAUCGUCAUAGGAGUCCGCCUAUGCAUCUCUUCAGUGGUUAUCGAAUCAACCCUCCCCGUUCAUACACACGUCCCAGAGCCCACAGUCUUCUUACACGACCCUGCCAGUAGUCGAACCGCCGUCCCAACCACAUCUGCGCUCAAGUCUUCUUCCAUUUCAACCACCGCACACCCUCUUCGAGCCAUCGACACUCUUGAACAUCGACUAUCGCAGGAACAGAAUGAGGAACAGGAGGAGGAAGAUCAGAAUAUUGAGCAGCUCAAGAAAAAGUUGGCGCAGGAUAUCACCUUCUCUUCUUCCACUGAUACCGCACCUGUUGCAACCGUGGCUACUGCCUCGCCACCACCAACAGUGACAAGGACGGCACGAUUCGCAGAAGAAGAACAGAUAGACGAUGACAUGAAUCGGAGGCAGCAGGGGCGGAGGCGGCAAGGAAACGAUAAGAAUAUUGCUCUGGAUCAGCUUUCAUCAUUAACGCCACCAACAUCGUCGGCACCUCGCCGUGGAUACGUCUCAACACCCAGCAGUCCAAUCUCAUUCCCCACAGCACUCUACCCACCACCACUUCCUAUCCCUUCUUCUUCUUCAAAUUCGUCAUCGCCAAGAGGAGUAUCCUUCCAGAGCGCGCCAUUGAAACGAUCCAGUACCGAAACCCGCCACGGCAGGAGUAACUCGUCAAGUGCCGCUGCUACUGGUGUGCGGUUUCAACGUGUCCUCGGAUCUCCAUCUUUCGGCGCGUCAGAAGAGGAAGACGAGGACAGUCUUGAGAGCGGUUACCCAACAUUUGCAUCUUACAGGCAGGCACAGCAUACCCACUUUGAUGCGUUCGCCCAGAGGAUGCGCAGGACCCUUGAGACUGCUGCUACUACUAAUGCUGCUGCUGCGACAACCGAGGUCUCUUCUCCUUCUCCUUUAUAUGAGCAGAGCGUACCAAAUCCUACUGCCGAAACAUUGGAGACACCACAUACCAGCGAUACCAGCACUCGUCAGGAGCUAUCAUCACAACCACCCAAAUAUACUUGA